AUGGCCAGGCGAAACUCUCAACCCGCGUGGAGAGUCGCGGUCGUUGAAUUGGUUUGGUGUGCAUUUAUGUACUACUUCGUCUACCUUCCACCAUUGAGAGAUCUUACAGAACGGCUCACAAGAUUUGAUUCGGCCGAUACGCCUUUUAUUCUCACAGCCGUCCAAGUACCGAUCGCUGCCUUGUGCGACAAAACCGAAUGCGAGAUAUCGCUCUGGGCCACUGUCAUUCAAUACCAUGCCGCUUCUGCGUUUUGCAAAGCGGGACCCAACACGCAUCCUCUCUUCAUGCUCGUUGGCCAAAUGUAUGCGGGAAUAUGUGCAGCUAGCAUCAUCUAUGGGUAUAACUUCCUAUUCUCCUCAAUGAACGUAUGA